CGUCGAGCUGAUGGAGAUUGGCGCGGUAGCAGAGGGCCCCCUCAAUCACAUGCCCUCGCCCCCAGAUACAGAUACAACAUUGCGCAGUGGAUUGCCGAGUUUGUUUUCGGCAGUGCACAUCCCUUCCCAGGCAGCUGCUGACGCCGCGCUGGCCGCGGCGAAGCGUCAGCGCGAGGGCGGGGUGCAGGAGAGCGAGGCCCAGGAGGGCAAGGCCCAGGAUGAGGACGGUGCCAGGAACGGUGCGAGCAGUGUCCACAGCACGUGUGCAGGUGAUGGCGAGGCCAGCGGUGACCCCGACACCGACGUUCGUGAGGGCUCUCAGGCGGUGGUCGACGAUGCUGUCCCGGACUCUGACAGCGAUGCGCCACUGGUUACUCCCCAGGCAGCGGCGGCUGCCGCCGCCCCAGUCGGUGAAGGUGCUGCCCCCCUGGAGGCUGCGCCGCAUUCUGGCGAGCCCCCAGCUGCGACCGACGAUUCUGCCGCUGUCAAGGUGAAGGAUAAGCCACAAUCGCGCGACAAGGGGGACACACCCCACGAGCGGCUGGCGGAGGAGAUCGAGGAGCAGCUCGACUUGGAGACGGCGUUGGAGAAGCAAGCAGCCAUUCUCGCAGAUGCGGCCGACGGCUGCACGGACACCUUGGCGGAUCUCUUCAAGAAGGGCUUCAAGAACUACGACAGCUUCAAAGAUUUUGGCGCUGAAGGCGGAGGUGAUGCGCCCGAUGAGCACCGCGAGGACGACCCCGAUGAGGCCAAGUUCUGGCAGAUGCAGAAGGACAACGUCUUCAACUUCAACACGCGGUCCAAGGCGGGCAACGCAGUGGUUGGCAGGUGGAAUCGGUGGAGCAGGAACCCAUCUAACGCAGAGAAGAAGGCCGAGUACAUCGCCCUGACGGGCAACACCGCUGCUCAGCAGAAGUGGCGGCAGAACUGGCUGAAAGACCGGUACCAGCAGCACCUGAUGACCUUGCGCAAAGAGACCGCCAUCGUCAAGGAGACGUUCUCGGACGCCUAUUACUACACGAUCGGGCGGAUGGCCGUGGAAGAAGGCGGUGGUCGACAGGGGGCUCGCAACUCGGUGAACUACGCGCUGAAGUCCAUCGCGGUAGGCCCGCCGUACUGGAAGUACGACAUGCGGGUCAAGGACUACAAGUUCCUGUACAAGCUGGGGGGCAUCAAGGAGCGCAUGGAGACCAAGUGGGUGACGGUCACGGAGAAAUGGAGCGCCGAGCAUGGCAAGGGCACGAGCUCGGCGGCCAGCGCGUCGGGCAUCGUGGAUCUCCGCCACAUCUACGGCGGCAUCGGCGAGAUCGCAUCAGGGCACAUCGCCGUCGGGGCAGGCAGCGCCGUUGCAACGGGCGGUGCCAGCGACCAGACCGCGGCUGCGGCGGCGACCCCAGCGACGACGCCUAUGACGACGGCUAGUCAUGCUGCUGCUGGAGGUGACGCUAUGCAACCGCCGACCGCCAAGAAGCGCCGCGUCAUCAAGCCCACGGAUGCCGAGGGUGACUCUACGGCGGCGACGGCGGGGGCGGCGGCGGCCGCCACGCCAGCGGAGGAGGCGAAGGCGACGGAGGCGGCGGUGAUCACGAAGCAAGCGGCGAAGAGGAUUGCACCUGCAGCUGUAUCGGACCUGUCGACGGACCCUCUCCUUAAGAAGCGUGCCAAGCCCAAGGCGUCGACGACUGCGAAGGUGAAUUCGGGAGCUCAGCUCACCAAGGGCAACUACGGCGUUGCGCAGGCUGGGGCGGCCUCGCUCCUGAUGGAGAUCAAGAAGACCGUGGACAACAACAAGUGGGCCUGGGCCAACGCGCCAGUGCACCUGGACAAGAUCACGCGUGCCAUGGACAAGCUGACGGAGAUCCUUGCAGGGCGCACGGAGUUCGGCGAGUUCCUGAGCAGCGACCUCGGGGCCAUGCGAUCGGCCUUGGUGAAGAGCAAGAGGGAUGACGAGGUCGAGAAGCUUGACAGGUACAUGGCCGAUUUCUCCGAGAAGAUGAACCCUGUGAUCGGCGACCUCGAGCGCGAGACCCGUAUCCUCAUCAGCCAGCAGAGGGCCAGGGAGGAAGCCAUCCAUGACAAGGAUGAUGACAAGUCGACGAAGGGAGCUGGCAGUUUGCGCAGUUCCCGCAGGGCCAAGUCUUCGGCCUGA